AGUAAGAAAAAGUUUUGUAGUAUAGGAGGAGGAGUGUCUCUGGGAAUUGUCUUGACUUGUAAUUGUCUCCUGAACCCUGAACAGGACUCCAUGCCCAGCACCAGCAAAUGCCCAACAGCAGCUCCAUCAGUGAGUUCCUCCUCCUGCCAUUUGCAGACACAUGGCAGCUGCAGCUCCUGCUCUUCUGGCUCCUCCUGGCCAUCUACCUGGCUGCCCUACGGGGCAACGGCCUCAUCAGCGCAGCCGUAGCCUGCGACCACCGCCUGCACACCCCCAUGGACUUCUUCCUCCUCAACCUCACCCUCCUCGACGUGGGCUGCAUCUCCACCACACUCCCCAAAGCCAUGGCCAAUGCCCUCUGGGACACCAGGGACAUCUCCUGUGCAGGAUGUGCUGCACAGGUCUUACUGUUACGAUUCUUAUUUGGUGCAGAGUAUUCCAUUCUCACCAUCAUGUCCUAUGACAGCUACGUUGCCAUCUGCAAGCCCCUGCACUAUGGGACCUUCCUGGGCAGCAGAGCUUGUGCCACCAUGGCAGCAGCUGCCUGGGGCACUGGGAUUCUCUAUCCUCUGUUGAACACCGCCAAGACAUUUUCACUGCCACUCUGCCAAGGCAACGCUGAGAACCAGUUCUUCUGGGAACUUCUUCUUCCCAGAUCCUCCAGCUCUCCUGCUCACACUCCCACCUCAGGGUGUAGCAAGCACGAGGACCAACACAAUGGAAAAGAUGUUACAAAAGAGGUAGAAGGAGCAGCACUAAAGCAAGGUGCUACAUGGCAAGGGAAGUAGAUCACUCCCCCGUAUCAGAAGAUUCGGGGUUCGCAGGGAAAAGUUUCCACCAAGGAGAGAUCUCCAGAAUGAGAUCCUUCCUCAGUGCCACUCAGCCCUUCCAUGAGGCCUAAGAGGG